AUGAAACAAAUUGAAAUAGACAAAGAAUCAGACCAACCAACAAUUCAAGAAGAAACCUUGUUAAAGACUGAAUAAUAUUUGUGUCCAGCCAAUAGAAAUCAUAAAUUGUAAAGUCUUGACAAAUUAUUAUCUCAUCUGCAUACAUGCAAAGAAGUUAAAUUGGCUGACAAACCUCGAUUCGUAUACUAUUGUUAAGUAUUAUCCCUAUCUAUUCAAGUAUUAUCAAGGUCAUUGUUUUUUGACAACAGAGGACCGAGAGAAACAUGAAAGGACUUGCUAAUGGAAAAUAGGGUUAAAAAAGUAACAUGAUCCCACAGCCAACAAGUAUUCUAUCAUCUAACCUCUGGGCAAACCGAUCAAUACUCAGCAAUAGCAAAAACCUGUUGCUUACACAGAUUAGUAACAAAGAAAUUACGAGUAUGCUAUCAAGAAAGGUUUAAUCAAGAAGAAGGCAAAUGAUGAAUACAUACCGGAAGAUGGAUUUGAAUUCAACAAGGAUUUUAAGAAAGUAGAUGAGUUGAUGAAAUUGUAAAUCUAGAAAAACAUUUCAGGUUUAUAAUUUUAUAAUUUUAUAAUAGAUUAAAAUUAGAAUAAUAUACAGUUUACAUUCAAAACCUUUUUUUUUAUGGUAUAGCCUCAAAACAAAUAAUUGAUUGAAUUUCUAAUAAAGAGAAUCCCCUAUAAUCUGUAUUUUAGGAAACAUAAGGUAAAUGUAGAAUAAUUCAGUUUAGUAUUAUAGAGAAGAAGAGAAGAAUUAGAUUGUGUAGAAGUUUCUGAUGAAGGAGAAGAAGAGGGAGAAAAGAAGACAAAAGGGCAAGCCUGAUAUUAAAUACAAUAUGGUUAAUUAGAUACCCAACGAUAUCCUAUUGAGUUUGUUGAAUUUUAAUACUUAUGAGGAUUAUUUAGACAAAUAGAUGGAGGUACAACUAUAUGCUAAAAUAGGAAUUCGUAAAUUGUAAGAAGAUGGAAGAAGAAAAUGUUCUUACGUCUACUUAUUUGAUGACCACAGGCAAAAAGGCUAUUUUCAUUCUUUAAAUUGGCAGGGACUUCAAAGAUAUCUUCGGUAGGAAUAUCAAUCUUUUGGAUUUUAAGGCUAUUUUUGCAGAUUUCCUGGCAUUCUCGUUUAAAAGAGAUGAGAAUCUGAAUAAGCAGAUUGAACCAUAUCUAACUUAAACAUCAGAAUAAGUUGAGGGCAAUAAAAAUUAGAAGCAAAAUUAAAACAUCUUUGAAGAAGAGAUAGACAUUUAGUAGUAGAGAUUGAUAGGAGAAUUGAAGGCUAAACUUGAGAUUUAGAAGUAAAAGAAUCAAGAGGAUAAAAGUCAAUUGGAAAGAAAUCAAAGGGAAUUGCAGGAGUUGAUUGAGAAGAAGAAGUGUUUGAUUUAGAAGGAAUCAGAUAUUGAACAGUAAAUAAAGAGAGUCAAUGCUUAAAUAAAUUCAUAUCAUUCAAAAAUAAAAUCAUACAAAUAGGAGUUGGAAUUGAAGAAUCAGGAAAAAAUAAAAAUCUUAUAUGAUUAGAAGGAGAAAGAAUUGAAUGAGUUUAUUGAUGCGUUGAAUCAGUAGGUGAAUCAAUAUGAGAGCAGUCAACAGGAGAUUAAGGAUGAGAUCUAGAGUUUAAAGGAGGAAAAGCAGAAACUAAAAAGUACAAUUAAUAGAUUACAACCGUUUAAAUUGCAAUUGGAGAGAUAAUUGGAGGAUCUUCAAAAGUAGGAAAGUAGUGUCCCUUAGUAGAUGACUUAGUCAGAAUAUUAUACUGGGAAUGAAUUUGUGUUUGACAUUUCUGACAAAAUAAAAUGUAAGGCAUGUAAGAUAAGAAAAAUAAAUGUUGUUUAUAUUCCUUGUGGAGAUGCAGCAUUGUGUAAGAUUUGCCACGAAAAGUUUGAAUAGUUGUUACCUCAUGUAUGUCCGAUUUGUGAGUAGUUUGUUAAAAGAGUUUACCAUUUUAUGUGGGAAAAUGAAGGAUGA